AUGUCCAAUUUGUAAAGAAAUCUGGUAAUCAUGCUGCUAAAUUUGUUGGCUAGUGACACACUUUCAUUUUAAACCUUUAGAUAAGAAUAAACUCUUAAUGAAUAAUCAGCAGCGAGAAGUCUCUAAACCUUUACAUCGGGAAUGUUUGAUUGUUAAGCAUGUUUUCUAAAAUCUACUACAGCAUCAUAUUGCUUGUAAAAUACUGUAAGCGAGUACUGCUGUAAUCAAGGGGACACAAAUGCUAAAUGCUAAACAAAUUCAACUAUUAAUAAUGUAUGUUCGCCUACAAGAAUAUGGGCUGGCAACUUCUUUUUAACUUAUUGUAAAGGUGCAGGUAGUCCUCCUUCAUGCGGAGUUGAUUCAUUAGAACUAAUUGGGACUGGGUCAAAUAAAACAGUAACAGUUUCGAAACUACCUUAUAAAGUCUCAGUUUAAAAUACAGUUAACUACCUUUCUUGCUACUACCACUUGAAAGUAGAAGGAGGAACAUGGAAAGAUGGCGCAAAAAUUAAAGUUGUUAUUUAAAAUCAAUCGGAUGUGCGCGCUUUUCUAUAUGGGGGAAAUUCAAGAACUAACGCCUCAUUAAAUUAAACUACAGCUAAUGCUUCAUUGAUUAUAGGCUAAGUUUAUUCCAUCGAUAUAAGUACAGAGGCUAUGCUUGUUGUUCUUCCUGUAACUGAUAAAGCAGAUACAACUACUUUUAAGUUUUCAUUUCAAGUAGUUGGAACUGAAUUUAAUUAUUGGGAAAAGCUUAUUUAUGGGCCUAAUGGUUUUACUUAUUAUAUUGUGGGACUUACUUUAGCAGGAGUAAUUGGCUUGCUUAUUUUAUUGAGUAUUAUUUGGGGAAUAAUAAUAUGCUGCAAAAGAAGAAAUAAAGUUGAAAAUAAAGACGAUAGACUUGAUGAGACGACUAGAAAAUUUGGUGAAGCAUCAGUGCUUAAUGAUGGAUAAAAUCAAACAAUGCUAGCAUCAGAUUAAAAAGAUGCUAAUGGACCUCUAAAUUCAAAUGGAUAGCCAAUUCUAGAAAAACCAUGGUCUGGUAACUCGUUAAAUAAAGAUCAAUUUUAUAAGCAGCCAUAUAAAAUAGGAAUAAGAUAGAAUGGAGUUUAGUAAACCAGCGCUAACUCAAACUCAAAUCAAAAUACAAAGAGAGAUUUGAGGCAGUUUUAAUGA